AUGUCCUUCGCCGUCUCCUCCUCCGCCUCCCUCGCCGCCGGCAGCGCCUUCCUCGGCAAGGCCGCGCCCCUCCGCGUCGCCGCGCGCCAGCCCGCCGGCGCCUCCACCCGCGGCGGCCCCGUCGUGACCCGGGCGUUCUUCGGCAUGGGCGCGCAGAAGCAGCCCGCGGGCACGGCGAUGGUGUGCCGCGACUGCGGCUACAUCUACCGCGCGCAGGACUUCAACGACCUCCCCAAGGACUGGAAGUGCCCCCCCUGCGGCUCGGGCAAGAACGCGUUCAGGCCCGAGAAGAAGCAGGAUUUCAAGACGGACGGAUUCAACGCGCGCGGAGUCCGCGCCGCCAAGAAGGAGAACCAGGCCGCCUUCCGCGCCAAGCGCGCGGCCGCGCGCAAGGCUGCCGAACAGGCCGAGAAGGCUGCGAAGGGCGGCAAGAAGGGCGGCCUCUUCGGCAGGUGA